CGCGGACCAGGAAGCCUCGGUCUUCUCGCCGAACUCGACGUCCAAUAACCGACACUAGCAGCACGUCGUUCACACUUGCCGCACUUCAACAUCCAUCUUCCAAACAACCAUGGAUCGUGUUCUUUUCUUGCUCUGUCUGCUCAAGCUGGACUUUUUGGGAAACGAAAAUAGGCGAUGAUCUCUCAGCUUUUGGUGCUUUUUCCGGCGUUUGGAAACAUGCAAGGAGGCUUGGAGUCGGAACCGCAAAUAACACACCACUCUCAGACUGGAACAAGACGGGCAGCGAAGAGGGAGCGAAAAGCCGAAGAACCAUCUACUGCUGUCAGUCAAAACGACUGGCGCACCAGUUUCUCAGCCGUUCCCCCGUUUUGCUGCCAUACAUCGACACCACUCACGCGCUCAGCCGCGAAUAAUUUCUUUUGUCGACAAACACGUAGGAUGAUCAUGGUUGGACAGAGAAAGGGGCGAGCACUGAUACCCCCUGAGAAAGGCCUGCAUGGUUGCUUGGCAAUUUCUUCUCCUACCGCGCAGGGUAGGGCGGUCUUUCGUUUGUAACGAUUGAUGAUGAUGACGAUUUCUUGAUGAAAAAACUAUAUCGGGUCGGAUAUCGGGUUUGACUGCAAGACAGUACUUCCCGAACCGAUCUCGCCUGGCUCUACGCCCGCUUGAGGGGCUCCAACAUAGGUAAUGAGAAAUUCGGCCACCUCAUCUGAUUGGUUCCCAUCGUUGGCCUUGUCUUCGUGCUGUG